GGCGGAGCUUCGGUGGAGCCGCAGCCCGGAAACACACUGAGCUAGCCGCCUCUAUGUGAAUGCUGUCACAAGGGCGAGCAGUCCGUGAAACCAAACUGAGGAGACAUUUCGUCUAUAACACCGCGGUAGACUACACAAGACUAAACGACAGGGACGGACAAAGACAUGGAGACAUCCAGCCCCUGUGUCGUGAUCAGUGAUGAGGAGCAGGGAUACGACCUGGACCUUUUCUGCAUACCAAAGCACUAUGCCUCUGACCUGGAGAGGGUCUAUAUCCCACAUGGACUCAUUUUGGACAGGACAGAGAGAUUGGCCAGAGAGAUCAUGAAGGAAAUGGGGGGGCACCAUAUCGUGGCCCUCUGUGUGCUCAAAGGGGGGUACAAGUUCUUUGCAGACCUGCUGGACUACAUCAAGGCUCUGAACAGGAACAGCGACCGCUCCAUCCCAAUGACAGUGGACUUCAUUCGUCUCAAGAGCUACUGUAACGACCAGUCGACAGGUGAAAUCAAAGUCAUUGGUGGAGAUGACCUUUCUACACUGACGGGCAAGAACGUCUUGAUUGUGGAGGAUAUUAUCGACACAGGGAAGACAAUGAAGACACUCCUGCAACUCCUCAAACAGUACAAUCCCAAAAUGGUUAAAGUAGCAAGUUUGUUGGUGAAGAGAACACCAAGAAGUGUUGGCUACCGACCAGACUUUGUAGGAUUCGAAGUCCCUGACAAAUUUGUGGUGGGAUAUGCACUUGACUACAAUGAGUACUUCAGAGAUCUAAAUCAUAUCUGCGUCAUUAGUGAAACAGGGAAGGAGAAGUACAAGGCAUGAAGAGCACUUUGUAACAGUUUCUAAUGAAUGGUUCUCUCUUUGCCUUCUGCGGUUCAUUUUAUAUUUUAUUAUUUCAUAUUUUAUAGUAAAAAUACUCUGCCUGGUUAGGGUCCCUGAGGAUACAGUGAUGGAGUCAUAAUCUUGACAGUUGCUUUCUGUAUUUCAGCCACCACACUAGCAUCAACUUAUGAAAAAAAUGCCUUAGAUAGAACAUGUCUGGGUUAAUCAGCAUGGAGCCCAGCUUCCCCUGAAAUUAAUUAAUUCUAAUGCUUCAAUGCCCCCACACUGAUAAAUUAUUUAAAGCAAAAGAGAAAUUUAUUAAGAGCAAUGCUGCUAAGUUUAAGAUAGAUAUCACAAUUGUUUUGUUACUAUAAGGUUUGAAAAUAUUGCUUUUAUUAAUUGUAAUUAUACUUUUACCUGUAUCAAUAGAAGAAAAAAAGAGGAUGUUACUUUUUUUUAAAUCUGCAUGUAUAUUUUGGGAUAAAACACAUUUCUGUUACUGUGCUGUGCGAUAAGAUUUUCUUAAGAUAUGUACACUCUGUAGAAAAGUAACAUUGAUGUCGGCUACUGUCCCUGAUUUGACGCAUAGGUAUGCUGAAGAUGAAAUAUCCCCUUACUGAUGAGUGUAAAUGAAUUUGCUUGUGGAACAUAAAAGACAGAUCCUUUUGUACGCAGGAAAAUAUGCGUAAAUGUUCAGUUCAGUUGUUGGCGGAAGUUAUCAGUCAUGUUUGAAAUAAUUCAUCUCUGUGUACCUGUCAUUGAAACAGAGAUAGUUGUUUUUAAUAUAUAACAUGCUCUCAUUCAAUGGUGCCAUCACAAUAAUAUCAGUGUGGACUGAAUUUCACAAUACUGCUCAUUAAAUUUUCCCACCCUGA